AGAUGAAACUUGUUUAGGACCCGAACAGUUCAAUACAGAAAUAGCAGAGCAUAUCGAUCAUUUAGACAAAGAAGCAGCGGAUAUGAUAAUAGAAGAGGUGAUGAACUUUGACGACGAAGAGCUUCAGAGUAUAAGGUUUGAGAGAUUUACAACCAUUCAACAACCAUCAGAAAAUGUUGGUCCUACAGUAGAACUAAAAGGACUUGAAGCUUUUAUGUUUAAUGCACAACCGAUAAAUGAAAGCUUUUACCAAGAUCCUUCAGUUUCAGCACCUCCAGAGUGGUCAAAGUUAUCGGUCAGGAAAAAGUACGAUUCUACAAAUAAGAAGGUGAUGGAUGAUCAUAAUCAAAAGUAUGUUACCAAAUUUAAUAACUUACGAAAACAAGGUACUAGUAAAAAAGCGAAACGAAAGCGUGAUCCAGAGCAAGAUGGUUCUGAAGAAAGAAAUCGAAAAGUCAUAAAGUUUAGUGAAUUGGAAUUACACCAAAUAGCUGAAACCACAGUAAAGACAUUUGUUUUGGAAUUUCCAAUCAACGAAUCUCAAGAGGGAAAAGUAAAUGUACCAAUAGAGAAACUUGAGGAAGUUUCGGACUCACUAACCAAGAUCUUGGAAAGUACAAAAGACGUGGACACUCAAGAAGUUGCCAACUUACAAAGAAUAUGCCAUAAGUUGCUUAGUGAGAAUAUAGAAAAGAUCAAGAAUGAUAUAAAUAUAAACUCUUUUGACGAUAUUGCCAAUUCAUUGGUGAUCUUCUCCCAAUCUGCCAUUGCUACCGAAGUUCUACUCGAAAUUCUCAAUAGUUCAAUUGAAGAUAAAAGUUUGUUUUGGGAUGGAUACUUAGACCUGGCCAUUGAGUUUGUCACUCUAGUUUUCCAAGAUCUUCUACUUCCAAUCUCUCAGUUUUCUAUGCAAGAAUCUGCUCAAAUGGAACCAUUGAAGUACAAUAUUGGGAGAUUAUUUAGAGAAGUAUCCAAUUUGCUUAGGCAUAUCGGGAAUUACAAUUCAAAAUCACAAUUAGAAGAUCAAGCAUUAACUAGAAUUGAGAUUUUACUUACUCAAGUUUUAUUUGAAGAAAAAUAUCAACAUGACAAGAAGUCAAUGCUUUCUCUUCUUCCAAUGGAUUCAAUUAAAAUAUCUGCUGGCUUGGUGUUUGUUGAUAUAUUUAGGUCUUGUAAGGAUCAACGACCAUAUCUUUUGAAUGAAUUGAUUCUUAAUUUUCCAAAACUAUCUACCAAUAAGGCUAAUUUCAGACAGUUUAAAAUCGAACGAGGAUUCAGUGUGCAAUACUUUACGGUGAUCUUAGUAAAGUUCAUUCAAUCUAUUGAGUCAGAAGAUAUAAAGGUAAAGGAUUCCGGUUUUGAAGAUACUAUUAGUAUUUGUGAUCAGAUUGCUGUUCAUUUAACCACCAUAACUGCUGACAAAUUUAGCCCUACUUUGAGAACUAUAUUUGAUUUCAUAGUUGAAGAUUUGCUUGUGCUUUUGCCUUACCCUGAAUGGUCUGCAGUUGAAUUUAUGCUAACUUCCCUAGCCAAACAAUUCUUGUCAGUAUUAAAAAAUUCAGAAACUGUACUCCAGAUUGAAGUAUAUUUCUUGGAAAUAUUGGGUUUAAUAUGUGAAAGAGUUGUAUCACUUGAAAAAUUGGGCAAAUCAGAAUCCAAUGAUGAUAUUAAGGAGAUGCUAAAAGACUUCAAUUGUAUUCGAUUUGAUCGCCAAAAUUCUCUUCAAAGUUUAAGAUCAAGAUGGUUGAAAUCAACGGUAAACGAAGAAAUACAAGCACUGUUUCAGCAAGCAUUGGAAUUCAAAUUCCAACUGUCUGACAUGAAUGAUAUAAACAAGGUUCACCCAGUAUAUACUUCUUUUAUUUUGGGUUCAGGGUUGAAUUUAAUUUGUAUGAAUUUCCUUGAUUCCCUUGGUCAGUUCUUGAAUAGCCCUAAAGUUAAAAUUAGAACCAAAGCAGUAAAGAUAUUGGUGAAUAUUUCGGAAGUGAAACCCAACCUUUUCAGAUCCAAGAAAAUCCAAGAAGCUUUAUCAGCAAGACUACUUGACGCUUCGCCCUUGGUACGUGAUGCUGUAUUUGAUUUCAUUGGAAAAUAUGUCCAAGCACAUCCCAACGAAGCAGAUAACUUUUGUGCACCACUCUGUAAUGCCUUGGGUGAUACUGGUAUCCUGGUUAGAAAAAGAGCUACAAAGUUUGCCAAAGAUUUGUAUCCAAAGUUGACAAGAAGGUACAAUAAAGUUGAAGUAGCAUGCAAACUUCUCAAGAGAAUGGACGACGAAGAAGAUUCUGUGAGGAAUAUUUCAAUUUCAGCUUUGAUUGAAUUGUUAUUCCUCCCUCUAGUUUCUCAUUCUUGUACCCCAGAGGAAAGAGUCAUGACAAUUUCAGUGCUUGUUGAUAUUUGUAACCUGGGUACGAAGGUCUUGUCCAAUUUGGAGGUACUUUUGGAACGACAUGUGUUGAACAGUCCAGAGAAGGGGGUACAAGAUGCAAAAAAGAAGCUUAUUGAAUUGAUCUUGGAAUUUGUUAAUGAUGAACUGAUGAAUGAAAAAGUGCUAUUCAAAAGUGGUGCUUUAUUAUUGUUAGCUAGUUGUGUGAAGUCCCAGCCAAAUAUUUUUGGACAAGAUCAAUUAAUUGCACUACAACCACUUAUCACCGAUGAAGCACAGACCAUAGACCCAUCAUAUGGUUACACCUUACGAGUCUUGAGAUAUUCUUUGGUUCAUAUUAAUUCUUUACAGCCUAGUUUCUUAGUUCCGGUUCAAAAUUUUCUUUUCAAAAGGCUUUCUAAGUUAACGUUUCAAGAAUUAGAUGAAGCUAUUCCUAGUUUAUGGAAACUUUGUGACAUGAAUUCCACCAAACCAAGAAUGAUCAACCUGGUUAUUGCUACUUUGAAAUUCUUAUAUCCAUACAUUGAGAACAAGCAAAGACGACAUGAAAAGGGGUUAGGUAAGUUACUUCAGUUGCUAGGUUUCUUUGGUAAAUAUUGUAAUUUCCAAGAAUUUUAUGAUCUGUUUAAGAACUCCGGGAUCGGAUUAAAGAAUAACGAAUCAGUGGUCAGUUUGAUAUUGAAGUACAUUAUGCAAUUCUGUGAUGAUCUGACCGAAAUUAAAAAUCGAAUUAUUGCCAUCCUGACAUUGAUAACUGUUUGUACCAGUUACACCAAACUUUUCGGAUCAGAAGAGGUGAUCAAGAUUUUUGAUCGUGAAAUGGACUCUAAUGAUACAAAAAUCGUCAUGGCUAUAUUACGUGGGUUGAUAGAUUUCUUGAAUGAAAAGGAUGCUGAUGCACAAAAGAAAGCCGGGUAUGAGGAGAAAUCUUCUGCAGAUAACAAACUUGAUGUUCGGGUAUUUCAUGGCAUUUCAAGUGUAAACGCUGUCGAUGGAGUUUGUGCUGGUAUGGUUCAAAGGUAUUUGAAUAAAGUAUUGAAACUUUGUUUAUCGUCUGAAAGUCAAGUAUCAUAUUUACCUAUACAAUUUGUCAAACGGGCGCUUGAACUUGGUUAUGCCAACCCUAAAAUGUGUAUUGCUACUAUCAUGGCGUUGGAAUCCUCUAAUAAUGAGUAUAUCAGGAAAACGGGGAUAGAGAUGCAUCAGGAUAUUUAUGAGAAGCAUGAAUCAAUAAUUGAAUCUAGUUAUCGAGAAGGUGUUUCCCUAGCAUUAAGUUCGAAGCAAGAAUCGGAAAUCUUGGUCCAGGGAGAUUUUUUUAAUUUAUUAUACCGUAUAGUUCUGGGAUCUGUUUCUUCAUCAAAGAAAUUCAUGAAAGCACUUGGUAAGGGAAUGAGUAUUAUUUCCACAAAAGAAAAAGAUCCAAGAAAGAAGCUAGUAUAUCUGGUAUUCUAUGCGAAUAAUAUUGCCAAUCUCGAGUUCAAAUCAAUGGAAGAACUAUUCAUAAUAACUCUGCAUUUGCGUCUGUACCUUGUUGGCUUCACAGCAGAUACCCUGGAGGAAGAGAAUGUUGAAAAUUCAAGUUCUAGGAAUCAAGAGUGGUUAUCUAUAAUGGCCAUGAUGAAAUUAUACAAUCAUUUAACUUACAAGUAUCACAUUCUUGAUAGUCACAUAGACGAUUAUGACUCGCAUGCAUCCGAAAUUGAUCUCAAGCAAACUCCGAAAGUAUUACGUGAUGUUAAAAUUGAUUUAAGUUGGAUUGUGGAGAAUGUUGAGGGAGAAAAUCCAGAGAUAAUCACAAAGUGUAAAGAAGAACUUAAGCAAUUAAUUUAAUAAGUACAAAAUACAAUUUAAUCAUUAUUGGUAUUGUUACAGAGUCUUUUUAUUCUCAAUGGCAAUUGGAAACCCUCCAAAUGAGCACGAAUAUCUUCAUAGCAGGUACCAAAUACAAAGUUGGUGUCUCCAGGAUCAAGCUUGAUUGUAUUGAUAUCAGUUAUAUCUUCUAGUCGGAUUUUAUUCCUGCUUCUUCUUCUUCUAGGCGUUGGUUGUGGGGUAUUUUCUAUAGUGUUGGUAUGUGAGGUUUGUUGGUUAUCAGGAGUUCCUCGAGGUUUGAGUUUUAGUUUGACAAUUCCGUUCAUUUUCAUUGGAGUUUGUGGAGCCUUUUGAGGUGAAUUAGGUUGUGAUGUUGGUUCUGGUUCUGGUUCAGGUUCAGUUUUUGGUUUUGGUUUUAUACCGUUAUUUAUAUUUAAUGCAUUUCCCUUUAUGAUUUUGGGAGUAUUCAAUGGGUCGAUAAUCAAGUAGGUAUCGUCAGUAAGGCGUAGUUUUAUAACAGGGCCAUACCUGCUUCGUCUUUCCUUUGCGCGCUUUGUUCUUAAUUGGGGCAAUGAAAGUUGAUAGUCUGGAUCAUCGGAUAUCUCCUCUUGGAAUUGCUGUUCCUGGGCCGAUUCUCGUAUAUCAUUGUUUAAUCUUUCCAACCUUCUUCGCCAAUUUUCGUGCUUUCGUAAUAAACGUUCAAUUUCCUCGAUACUUAGCUGUUUCUUUAGUUCUAAUUCCUCAUAAUCGUUCAUAUCAUUGAUUACAGCAAUUGUCGGUAAAUGACGGACCCAAUCGUAUUGGUUCAACAAAUUCAACUGAGAUUGUAGAUUAUCAACUUCGGACAAGAUUCUUAGCCUUUCUUCGUUGUUCAUAACUUUCUCCUCUUUGGUCAUUUUUCUAUGGUAGAGUUCAUAUAGUGAAUCAGAAAGAGGGUCUUCGAUAUGCUUUGACCUUCUAGGUAAAACAGGAUUUACCGUGCUAAUGGCACCAUUUGGAGGAAGCUGUGGUAGAUCACUAACCUCGGCAUAGUAAGGUGUACUAGGAUCAAGUUCGGAUUUAGUUAUUGAAAUUUGUUGAUUUCGAUACAAGAGUUCAUUAGCAUUAUCGAAAUUGAAUAAAGUCUUUUGGUUAUUUUGGUUCUUGGAUUUGUCUUUCGAUCGAAGUUUUCGGGUCGGCUCUUCUUUCUUCUUUUGCCCCCCAGAAUGACCAUUCAGAAGAGUAGUCAUUUGGUGCUUGUAACUGAAUAGGUCGUAAUAUUUUGGCAGGUCAUCAAAUUGUCGUAUUUCCAGUU